ACUGUUUACAAGUUAAGAGAUAACAAAAACAAAGUGUAAUUAAAUUUUGCUGUGAAAAAAUAAGAGCAGAAACAUCCAUAGAAAUCAAUAAAAAAUAAAAAAAAACAAAACUGUAUGAACUGGAAAAAAAUCAAUAAAUAAAAAUAAAUCUCAAGUGAGCACUUUUGCGGUGAGUCACCUAAAGGGAUAGACAAAGGCUUAAACUACACCCACCAACGCAAGACGAAAAAAAACUAGUCUGUAGUUUUCAGGUGACAAACAGGGGAAAAAUGGUUGGUAUAAUGGAUGAUGACACCUGCUUGCGCUAUCCUUUCGGAACACGCAUAAAAAUUGGGGAUAAUUAUGGCACAGUGCGUUAUGUGGGAGAGGUCGCUGCUUAUCAAGGUACCUGGUUGGGCAUUGAAUGGGAUGAUCCCAAGAGGGGUAAACAUAAUGGAACUAUUGAGGGCAGACAUUAUUUUUAUACUAUGCAUCCCACUGCUGGAAGUUUCAUACGUCCGGGCAAGGUUGGCCCCUUUGAGUCAUUGGAAGAAGCUGCCCGUGAUCGAUAUUUGGGAUAUACCGAAAAUGCUUUGGAUCAGCAACUAAUGAGAGAAGCCCAGGAGUCAUUGCAGGCUUCACUAUUCGAAGUAGUCGGUAUGGAUAAGCUGGCUAGGAAGCAAAGCAAAUUUGAGCAACUUACUGAUGUCAGUGUCGAUAAUUGCCCCGUGAGUUCUGCUGGUUAUCUAAAGGAAUUCACCAUAUUGACCACGUUGAACUUAAGCCAUACUUUGGUAUGGAAUUGGGAAAUUGUGGCCGAUAUAUGUGGCCAAAUACCAUCAUUGAAAAACUUGAAUUUGAGUUGUAACCGUUUGGUUGUACCCUCUGACUUGAAAGUGGCAGAGCUUUCUUCAGCCUUUAACAAUUUGCAAUUUAUCAAUUUACGUGAUUGUGGAUUUUCCGAUUGGUCAGAUGUUAUGCAGACGGCUCGACUUUGGCCGUAUAUUGAAUCCAUUGGUUUGCAGGAAAAUCCUAUCAGUGAACUUGCUAUAGUUGAUACUAAAGAGAUUUUUAAGAACUUGAAGGAGCUUGAUUUACAUCGUACCAAAUUAUUUGAUUUCGACCAAGUUAACAAAUUGGGAAAUAUAAAAACAUUGACAUUUUUGAAUCUCAUGGAAAAUGGAAUAGAAGAAAUUAAGCUACCUGAUUGUGAACCCGAUGCAAAAUUGGAUGUAUUUGCCUCAUUGGAACAUUUAAAUUUGUUCCAUAAUCCCAUUUGGAAUGAGAUAGAUGCCUUUAAUGAGCUGGAUAAGCUGCCUAAGUUAAAACGUUUGAAUAAGACUCCUCAUUUGAAAUCAGACUUCAAUGAAAUGUUUGCCAAUGCCGUUGCGAUGAUCUCCAAUUUACAAGUGAUGAACAAAGCACAAAUAACUCCCGAAGAAAGGCGAGGAGCCGAAUAUGAUAUCUGGAAGAAAUAUGCAACAGAUUGGAUGCAGGCAUCUUUAAAAGCAGACACAUUGAAAGACUUCUACAAAAAGCACCGUACAUAUGAAUUGAUUUUGAAAAAAUAUGGUUCACCAGCUGAUUUUAUACCGCGAACUAAUAUAAAGAAAUCUAAUCUAAUCAAAAUACGUAUACUACAUUCGGAAACAGGUGAUAUGUGGGAGAAGAAAUUCCCUCGCAUGAUAACAGUACAAACUUUGCUGGGUCUCAUAGUGAAACGCUUCAAUAUGGACAGUGAUACAGCUCCACAAUUAUGUUAUGUCGAUCAAAAGUAUCCGGAUUUAGUAGUACCCCUGGAUAAUUUGUCUAAGACAUUAGAUUUCUAUUCAUUGCAAGAAGGCGAUACCGUAUUGGUGAAAUGGCAAAAUACUAGGUUGGAUUAGACUAUGGUUUAUAAUUUUAUUUACAUUUUUGUCAAUUCAAAUAAUCUUGCACCUUGUUUACAACCAAAAUUUGCAAAUUGUAUUAUGUGUGUGAUGUUUUUCUAAAUCCUAAUAAUGACAUAUUUUUUAAAUUUA